CUUCUCUAACUUUCCGCUUCUCUCGUCGAUGGCCUUUUUUCUACAACUCUAUAUUUCUCUCAACCUUUCAAGACCUUAAUUUGAUCCCAAUAACUCCUCCAUUGAGAAUGUCGGCAUCACGUAGAUCCGUUUCUCUUUUGAAAACCCUUAUGAUCCACAAGAAUCAAACUCGAGCCGUCACCUACAUGCCCCGGCCCGGAGACGGAGCCCCGAGACCAAUAACGCUAAUCCCCGGGGACGGAAUCGGUCCACUGGUCACAAAUGCAGUGGAACAAGUAAUGGAGGCGAUGCAGGCGCCGAUUUACUUCGAGAAGUACGAAGUUUGCGGCGACAUGAGGUGGAUGCCGCAGGAAGUGAUUGAUUCGAUAAAGAAGAACAAAGUUUGUCUGAAAGGAGGAUUGAGAACGCCGAUGGGAGGUGGAGUAAGCUCGUUGAAUGUGCAGUUAAGGAGAGAAUUGGAUUUGUAUGCUUCAUUGGUGGAUUGCUGUAAUCUACCAGGGUUGCCAACCAGACAUGAAAACGUGGAUAUUGUGGUCAUUAGGGAGAACACAGAAGGGGAAUACUCAGGCCUCGAACAUGAGGUCAUUCCUGGCGUUGUUGAGAGCCUUAAGGUGAUAACCAAGUUUUGUUCAGAACGGAUUGCAAAGUAUGCUUUCGAAUAUGCUUAUUUAAACAAUCGAAAGAAGGUGACUGCUGUCCAUAAGGCCAACAUCAUGAAACUCGCUGAUGGGCUGUUUCUAGAGUCUUGCCGUCAUAUUGCAACCAAAUAUCCGACUAUCACAUAUAACGAGAUCAUCGUCGACAAUUGUUGCAUGCAACUUGUUUCAAAACCUGAACAAUUUGAUGUCAUGGUUACUCCUAAUCUUUAUGGAAAUCUUGUUGCUAAUACAGCAGCUGGCAUUGCUGGAGGCACUGGUGUUAUGCCCGGAGGCAACGUGGGUGCUGAACACGCCGUUUUCGAGCAAGGUGCUUCAGCAGGGAACGUUGGAAAACAAAAGAUGGUGGAGCAAAAGACAGCAAAUCCGGUGGCUUUGCUUCUCUCAUCUGCUAUGAUGUUGAGGCACCUACAGUUUCCAUCAUUUGCCGAUCGACUUGAGAAUGCAGUGAAGAAUGUAAUCCUAGAGGGUAAGCAUCGGACUAAAGAUCUCAGUGGAGAAAGCACUACACAGGAAGUUGUUGAUGCUGUCAUUGCUAAGAUAGAUUGAUUGCUUACUGAAGGUUGGCCAGUCCAUAAUCUCCUCUCGAGUCUUCAUAUUGUCGCUAAGUAUGAUUUUCUCAGUUUACAUUGG